AUGUCCCAGUUGUCACCAGAUGAUGGAGAUAUUAUUAGUCUAUAUAAAAAUGCAUGUGAUGCGGAAGUAGGUGCUAUCAAAGCUAAUCAAGAAGAAACAUUACGUUGGUGUUUCUAUGCUAGAAAAUUCAAAAGCAUGUAUAAAGAUUUUAUGGUCAACAAUAAAAUCGGGAAAAGAAGGCAAAAGGUCAG